CUCCAAGACAUCAGAAUCGUGAGAUCAAUGAACAACUUUUUGGCCGCAGCAAUGAUGGGCUGCCCAUGCAGUCAAGUGCUAGUUCUGCCUCCGGCUAUUUGUAUGAUCUCACACCCGCAGCUUUCAUCGACAUGAUUAUCUGUGAGAUGGGUUGCCUGGAUACAUCUGCCAUUGUCGCAGCGCUACGGGAUCGUGAAGACAGGGAUGCGUGCCUCAUGUCUGUAGCGUAA